AUGGCAUUAAUGUUAAUGUAUGCCCUGGCUCUGGUGUUUGUAGACUUCAAUGAGAGGAACGUGAUCCUAGAGCAGCCAGGGCUAUUACAAGGAGAGCUGAAGACGAAAACAGUUCAGCACCUGCUUCAAACUGGAGCUGAUGUAUUUGUGAUCUAUACUGGGGACAACGAGUCAGAAAACUUACCCAAAGGGGCCCUGUACAACACCAGCCUCUCCUCUGUCCAUAAAACACUCAUUACUGAAGCCUCUACAGAAAAGACAACGGGUUUUGUUCCAUACUCACAGCCUUCAAUGAGGCACAGGAACUGGUGUUGUCUGAGGCUAUAAACAAAUUGUGCCAGUCUUAAUUCUGUGUUUUAAGUUGUUGUUGAUCAUAAUAUGUAACAUGUGUGGUGGAAAGUAGUUCAUUAUACGAACAGUAAUUUGUGAUGAAGUUGAUAAUUACUAUAAUAGCCCUGUGUGCAUUUCUAACUGAACAUAUAUUAUACCCUGU